GAGAACAUUCUCAUCAGACCAAGCCUUAAAAUGGACAGUUACUUCAAAGCAGCAGUUUCUGACUUAGACAAACUACUUGAUGAAUUUGAGCAAAAUGCAGAUGAACUUGAAGACAAUAGAGGUGUAAACCCACAUGAUUCUAAGCACCAUUUACUUUCUCCAGAAUUAGAUUAUCAGCAGCAAAUAUUCCUGGAACCAAAUGUGCAAGAGAAUAGUUGUGUUGCUACUUCAACAGAUGAACUCUCACUACCAGUUCAGACUGCAAAAGUUGCAAGUUUUGAACAACUAAACUUUGAACAAAAUGAGAAAAAUGUCACUGGGCUAGAUCUUCUGUCUAUGGUGGAUGGUGGUUCCUCAGAAAAAAGCCAGUCUUCUUCCCUGGGACGAUGCAGUAUACCAGUUUGUGACCUUAUCAGUGAUACUGGUAGCUUGAGCCAUGUAAAGAAUAAUGAGUGUGUUCAAAAGUUGCAGCCAAGUGACUUCCAGAGAAGCAGGGAUUCUCUUAUAGGCGUUGAUUUAGCAUUGGUGCCAGCCACUGCUUGUAAUCUGUCAGUUGAUUGUAGUACUGAUUCCCAUACAGAACUACAGACUGAUGGAGAGGAAAUGUUGUGCAGUACAGACAAUAAUGCAACAGAAAAUCUAAAGCAACUGGUACAAAUGUCGGGCAUUUACACUGCAGCAAAUGUUGAGGAUUCUGUUUCUCACGAAAGAAUAGCAACUUUGAAUAAUAAAGAAUUUGAUCAGUUAGAACAAAUUAUAGCACUUGAUAGGACCUCAGCUUUAAUAACACAGCCUGUUUCUAAUGCACACAGUUCCAAAGAUGAUGUGCUGUGUGAAAAUUUGCCUUUUGAACCAUUAGUGGAUGAAAAUACAUAUUGUGCAAAAAGUCAAAUGAUACAUAAAGAAAGUGUCAUUUUGGACUAUGAUAAAAUUGAGUCAGUCACCUCUGACCCGCCAAAGAUCUGUGAUUUGAAUAAAAACAGCUUGGUGUUAUCUGACGCCUCACUUCCAACUGAACAUAUACUAGUUUUAGAUAAAACACUGAGCACUGAGGAGAAACUGUGUAAUCCAGGACAAAAUACCCAUCAAGCUGUAAAUACUGUUUCAACACCAGAAGUCUCUGAAGAUUUACCGACUUCUUUGUCUUGUCUUCCCCUUGCUGUAUCUAUAUGUGGGUCAUUUGUUACAAGUGAAGACAAAAAUGGACAGAUGGCUCAGGAUGACACAGCAGAUGUCAUUAGUGACAUAACGAUGCACAUAGAAAAACAUAAGACUGGUCUUCCCAAGUGGGCAUUGCAUGAAAGAAGAGCUGCUUCUGAACAGGAAGAAAAUCUAAGCACAGCCAGCCAUUCAGGUCUAGAAGAACCUUCAAUCCCUUGUACAGAGAGGGAGAAGCUGGACAACACUACCAGUAAAUCUGAUCUUCUCAGUCAACAGGAGUUUGAUGCUACUUUUAGUUGUUCUUUAGAUGCAACUGUGGAAGCAUGCAGCAAUAUCCUGCCUGCUGAUAUUUAUGAAAGAGCUUCAGUUGAUUUAGGUAUAGAGGAAGAUAUUAUUGAAAAUGACAUGCUAGUUAGUGAUGCUGAACUUGAUGCCUUCUUGUCUGAGCAUUGUCUUCAGUCUAGUAGUUUAAAGCCACUGAAAGAUGAUACUGAUGAUGAACUUCUAGAUGUGGCUCAAGAUAUCUUAGUACAAGUUAACAAACCUAAUAACAAAAGUGAUUGUUUACAGACAGAAACAGUGUUUAAGCAGAUGGAAGCUGCUUCUACUGAUAAUUACACAGUAUCUGGUGCUCAAUCUAAAAUGGAAAUUCUAGCUGAAAAACACACAUUGCAGGCUCAGAAAGAGACAUCGGAUCACAUCAGUGAAAUUAGGACUGGAGUUUCAGAUCUUUUAAAUAACCAACAGAUUGUGCACAGUGGAGGUGCAAGGCCAAAACAGUUGCUAAAUCUUCCAUCCAAAGCCAAAAGCAGCUCUGAUUUUAGUAGUCCAAAUGCACUUGAGAGUGAGUCCCAGAGAACGAAUUGCACAGUCCAAAAUACCUCUGUCUCAGGUGGGAAACUUUGUAAUGAUUAUGUUGAUACGCAGAACUUCUUGGAAGGUCAGGUAGGGAAUGUUGCUUCAGAACCUGCUAAAGUAGUGGAACAAGCUGUACUUCUGGGACAGAAGCAGCCCUCCUGGGUUCCUGAUUCAGAUGCAUCAAACUGCAUGAAUUGCCAAGCCAAAUUCACAUUUACAAAAAGACGACAUCAUUGUCGUGCUUGUGGAAAAGUAUUUUGUGGUACCUGCUGCAAUCGAAAAUGUAAACUCCAGUAUAUGGAUAAAGAAGCAAGAGUCUGUAUAAGCUGCUAUGAAUCUAUUAACAAAGCACAGGCAUUUGAAAGGAUGAUGAGUCCAACUGCUCCUAAUCCUAAUUCUGGUAUAUCUGAAAAUUGUUCAACUGUUCAACCAUCGCAAGAAGCUCAGGCGUCUGGCAUGUGCUUUAAAGAACAAAGAAGAGUUUGGUUUGCAGAUGGUAUUUUGCCCAAUGGAGAAGUUGCUGACACAACAAAAUUGUCAUCUGGAGUGAGGAGAUCCCCACAGGACCUCCAUCCAGUUGAAAGCCCAGCCUGUGCAAGUGAGAUUAGACCAAAGGAUGGAAUGCAUGUUGCUGCGAGAAUGGACACCUUGGGUCAUUCUGCUUCAGAAGGCAUCACAUGUUCCACUGAAGGACAAACUGAGCAGUUGUAUGAUGCUGACUUUGUGAUUCCUCCUGUUCCUGAAUUUCCUACUGUUGUUGAAGCUUCUGAGCCUUCUGUUCCUCUUGCAGCUAAUGAAACUAAUGAUGUGCCAGUUAGUCCUUUAGAUUAUGGGAUGCUUUGUGGUAUUGAAAAUUGUGUCAGCAAAGAGAUGAGCCUUAUUCCUGAGGAUGAUGGAUUACCACCUCUUCUGCUUGCAAGAAGGGGAAAAGGAGAACAAUCCUUAGUAGAGGAACAGCCUUCUCUUAAGCAAAUUUCCUUACUAUCUGAAGAAUCUAAUCCACUGACAUUUAUCCUAAAUGCAAAUUUUCUUGUGAAUGUCAAGAUAGUAUCUUAUGGUUCAGAAAGGUGUUGGUACUUCUCAACCAAUGGGCUCCAUGGCUUGGGGCAAGCAGAAAUUAUUAUAUUAUUAUGCUGUUUGCCAAAGGAAGAGGAUAUUCCUAAAGAAAUCUUCAGAUUAUUUAUCAGCAUAUAUAAGGAUGCCAUGAAAGGAAAAUUCAUAGGAAACUUAGAAAAUAUUACCUUCACUGAAGGCUUUCUAGAAAGCAAGGAGCAUGGUGGAUUUCUGUUUGUUACGCCAACUUUUCAGAAGCUGGAUGAUCUUGAGUUACCAAAAAAUCCAUUCCUAUGUGGCAUUCUUAUUCAAAAGCAGGAAGUGCCUUGGGCAAAAGUUUUUCCAAUUCGCUUGAUGCUGAGACUGGGAGCAGAAUACGGGGUAUACCCAACUCCUUUAACAAGUAUCCGACAUAGAAAGCCUCUGUUUGGAGAGAUAGGACACACAGUCAUGAACUUGCUUGUUGAUCUUAGGAAUUAUCAGUAUACCUUGAAUGCAAUAAAUAACUUAGUUAUUCAUAUGGAAAUGGGUAGAAGCUGCAUUAAAAUACCUCUGAACAGAUAUAAUGAGGUGAUGAAAGUAAUGAAUACCUCUAAUGAACAUGUCAUUAGCAUUGGAGCAAGUUUUAGUGCUGAAGCAGAUUCUCACUUGGUUUGUGUACAGAAUAGUGAUGGAGUCUAUCAGACACAAGCAAACAGCGCAACUGGACACCCUAGGAAAGUUACAGGGGCAAGCUUUGUUGUGUUCAAUGGAGCCCUAAAAACAUCUUCUGGAUUCCUUGCUAAAUCCAGUAUUGUUGAAGAUGGAUUAAUGGUGCAGAUCACUCCAGAGACAAUGGAGGGGUUACGGCAAGCUUUAAGGGGAAAAAAGGACUUUAAAAUUACAUGUGGUAAAGUAGACUCAGGUGAUCUGAGGGAAUAUGUGGACAUUUGCUGGGUGCAGAAUGAAGAGAAAACAAAUAUGAGAAUUACAAGUCCAAUAGAUGGAAAGUCAAUGGAAGGAAUUCAGAGUGAAAAAAUAGUUCAAGAAGAAGAUUUUGAAAUGGAUGGAAAACUUAUAAAAUGUACCGAAGUGUUCUAUCUUGUGAAGACUAGUGAACUAUACAGCCAUCCUCCUUACCAAUUUGCUAAAGAAAUCGCAUUGGCUUGUUGUGCUGCUCUUUGCCAUCAUCUCAAAACGCUGAAAAAUAAUGGAAUGAACAAGAUAGGUCUUCGAGUCUCCAUAGAUACUGACAUGGUGGAAUAUCAGGCAGGCUCUGGAGACCAGCUUUUGCCCCAGCACUAUCUAAAUGAUCUGGACAGUGCUUUAAUUCCUGUGAUCCAUGGUGGAACAUCAGAUGCUACAAAACUACCACUGGAAAUUGAAUUAAUAUUUUUUAUUACCGAAUCUCUCAUAAUAUAAUUGAUUGCUAGCACUUACCGAUACCAAAGCAGUUGCAUUACACAUUGAAACAUUUAGGUUUAUCUUUUAAAAAAACAAUGAUUUGGUAACACAUCUUUAAGAAAGUAUUUUGCUUUUUAAAAAGUAAAUAUAUUCUUUAACCUCAACCUGGAAGCAUACAGUUAAAAACAUACAGUUUUGUAGUGUUCUGAAACUUUACACUUAAUACAGACAUUGAAGAGUAAUACAAGCAUGUGUGACAAUACUGAAGGAUGCCCAUGUAGGUCUUUCUGAAAUAAGUGUUUUUAUGAUUGAUGCAGAUCUCAUGUUGAUUUUAUCUGAUUGAGCCAUUUUUGGUAAUGUAUGUCUCCCCCAGCAUGAACAUAUUUAAGUGAAACAGAAGAGUUUCUGAGUCCUGCAGUUGGGAUUUAAAUACAUUUAAAAUUUAAAAUCUUAUAAUUACUAAAGAACAGGCAUAUUUGAAAUGUCUGAUAGUUUGCACAGAACAUGUUUCUGCCAGGUGUGAUGAUUUUGUAAGACUUCAUAUUUGAAACUUUUGAUUUUAAAUACAUCAGGACAUUUGAAGUAUAUAAUGGUGCCUCAGAGUCUUAAACUGUGCCCAUGUAAACUUUGUUAUAUAUUUAUAACGGAUUUGUUGAACACAAGGAUACUCUUUGUAUUAAAUACCUAGUCUUUUUUUUCUUUUGUGCUCUGAUAUACAGUUGUUUCUUGGAUUUUCCAAGAAUAAGUAACAAGCUAGAUGACCCUUAAAGUAGUCAUCCUGUAGCAGUGAAUCAGGCAUAAAGCCUGUCUGUGCUCUCUUCUCUAAUUUUUGAGAAUUUUCUCUUGGUAGCCCUGUUUUUUUUUAGGGAGAGCAAUGUAUUAAGUGUGGAUUUUCAUGAACAGUUUACUGUAACAUACCUGAGGUUCUUUAUACUGUACUUAUUUUUAUACUGGGGAUAUUUGCAGUAAAAAAGCAUUUAUGUAUGAGGAAAAUUAUUGAAAUUAGUACCUAAUUAACCUAAGGUUUGAUAAAUUGCUUAAUUUGUUACAGACAGAAGAAAAUCAUGUGUGUGAUUUCUUUCAUUAAAAUGUUAUAAUAUUGUACUGUGACAUUAAUAUGUUUUAAUAUUUGGAUUCCUUUCUGAGAGUCACAGGACAUAUUUAUCCAAAUUACAUCAACUAAAAAUAAACACAUAUCUAAACACAUACUGCACUUUGUUAGGAUAGCGUAGAUAUUUAGCAGAUUGAAAAGAAGAUUUUGUCCAAGAAUUAUCACUGAGUCAAAGCAUUCUUUUAUGUUAAGAACUAUAAUACUGUGGGCCAGCUAAAGAUUACUUAACACUCUGCAAAAAUGCCAUAUCUUAAGUGCUGGAUAUUUGUGAAUAAAGGAAGGCAGCUGUGACAAAGAACAUUAAGAAUUGACCCAUAAUAAGUAACUAUAGUUUGUACAACAUACUGUAUAGAAGUAAUUUUAACCAAUUUUGACAUAACAGCCAGGCUUAUGAGAUCUUGGAAACUGAUAAUUUCAGUCAGUUUAUAGAUAACAGUACUACACUGUUUUAGUACAGUGUUAUAAAGAGGAUUACAAUUCUUACAAAUGUAUAAAUACUACUUUUUAAUAAAUGGAGCUAGCAAGUGCUUAACAAUGAGACAA